AUGCCAGGAGUAAGAGAUAUCAGCGCGGACGAUUUUAUCACUGCAUACGCAUCCCACCUCAAGCGGUCCGGCAAGCUCGAGGUGCCAACAUGGGUCGAUCUCGUCAAGACCGGUUCAUACAAGGAAUUGGCACCAUAUGAUCCCGACUGGUUCUACAUUCGUGCAGCUGCCGUUGCACGGCACAUAUACCUCCGUAAGGACGUCGGCAUUGGCGCCCUGACAAAACUUCACGGCGGCCGCAACAGGCGCGGAAACCGCCCAUCACACCACGCGCCGGCUUCUGCCUCCGUCCAACGGAAAGUCUGUCAAGCACUCGAGAAAAUCGGCGUGCUCGAACAAACCGACAACGGCGGUCGGAGAAUUAGCCAGGAUGGUCAACGAGACUUGGAUCGGAUUGCGACGGCUGUCGUUGAGGCUGCUAGGGAAGACGAAGACGAAGAAGAGGGCGAAGAGGAGGAGGAAGAGGAGGAGGAAUAA